AUGACCCAAUUUCCGCCUCUCGAGGAACAAUGGACCGCCCUAGAUUUCAAGAUGCUCUCGGAUUGGUCGACGAACGUCCAAUCACGCUGGCUGGGAUGCAGGACCAAUCAGGAUAACGGGAUUCGAUUUAUGGGUACCGGUUACCUGACGUUCAAGAUUGACAAUUUAAACGACCAAGUUUUACUGAGUGACAUCAACUUUUCUAUGAGAACACAAUCUAGGGAUGGGCUGAUAAUAUUCGCCCGAGGCGGUAUCGGAACUUAUUACAUCGCCUACAUGAGGGAUGGGCAGUUGAACUGGGACUUGUCGAUAAACGGUUUUGUUUCAAGCACGAUGACGAUUACGAUCGACGAUCUGCAAAGGACGUCACCACUCGUCAACAGUGGCGCACCCUUCAGAGGCGGCAGUUUCAUUGUCUCAAGUUUCGUUUAUUUGGGUGGAAUUUCCAGCCAGGCGGAAGCAGGGAUGGAUGAUUAUUUGGAGCAAAAUGGCCUCAGCGGAUUGAAGAAAUUGCUCGUCAUCUUCAAUGCUACCUCAGAUUUUUCUGGUUGCAUCAACUCUGGCAUACGCCUGGCGAACUCGAAUGGCCAGAUGUUAAAGAUAGGCAAAAUCGCCGAUGCAAGUGACGUCGAUUUAACCGGCUGUCCAAACAUUGUGAGGUCGUCAUCAGCCGCGCCACCAACAUCGUCGUUGUCGCCACCAGCAUCGUCGUCGUCAUGUUUUGCGAUCGCCGAUCGCUUUACCGUGGUUUAUAAUUCGAGUAGUAGUAGUAAUAUUUAUAAUAAUAAUAAUAAUAGUAAUAAUAAUUAUGGUAAUAAUAAUAAUAACAAUAAUGGCGGUAGUCCCAUUUUGUCAUUCGUUGAUAACGGUCUGGAUCUAUUCACAGAUUCAACACCAGCUUUAACAACAACAGAAAAAUCACAUCCCAUUAUCGAGCUGCCAAGAAUUGAAGCAGUUCAAAAUGUAACUUACAACUAUUUUGCAAAAAAAUAUGGAAUAGUUAAAUCUCCAACAUCCAUUAAUGAAAUCAACUCAAACAAAUCCAUUAGAACAUUAAAAAAAUACACGUACCAGGUUGAAGCGUAUAACGAGGCUGGCCUGGUUGAGAGCGCCUGGACUUUGGGAAGGACUCUGGAAGGAGCUCCUCAAACAGUGCCCGCCCUCCAGUACAGCAAGACCCCCCGUGCCGGGUCAAUCAUUUUUUCCUGGCCCCCUCAUACUCUUCAAUACUACACUGGCUCCAUUCAAAAAUACUACAUCAGAUUUUACUGCUACUCCAAUGAUACUAAUAGUACUACAAGUAGUAGUAGUAGUAGUAGCGACAGUGGCAACAGUAGUAGCAGCAGCAGUAGUAAUGGUGGUAGUAGUAAUGACAGAAAUAAUUUACCUGGUUAUGUCAGUCCUUGCUCUUUCAAUCAAACUGAAUUAAGAGGAACUGAAACAGGCGUAACGGUCACGUGGCUGAUACCUUACACGACUUAUGACGUCAGACUGGUCGCCUGCACCAGUGGCGGAUGCAAGGAGGGAGAUGGGAUCAUCAUCAGCACCGAUCCUGAUGCACCGGCGGAGUUGCAGCCCCCAUACGUCAUCACCAGCACUCCAACCAGCAUUCUCAUUGGUUGGAAUUAUCCCAGGUAUAUGAACGGCGAGUUCUUGGGUUUCACUCUGAAUUUGAGGAACGUCCAAGUUUACACCUCGUACACUUUCUCAUUGCUGGCUUGCAACACUUUCAAAUGUACGCAGAGUGAUGACGUAUUCCUGAUGACGUCAGAGAUGCCGCCAUCUCUUGUCCUCGCGCCAAACGUUACUAUAAUGGACGCAAAGAAGAUCAAGAUUGAUUGGUCGAGGCCCAGCCAAUCAAAUGGCCUCAUAACAGAACACCAUCUAUUCUUAUCUAUGAUUGGUGGAAAAUUAGGUGACCUAGUUUACAACGGCAAAGAUCCCAAUGUUUACGUGACCUACUUGAAUAAGCUGACACCUGACCUGUCCUACUUUCUAACUUUGGAGGUAAACGUAACAUGGCUACCGCCGGAAAAUCCCAACGGAGUUAUUUUAAACUACAGGAUUUCCCGAAAUGCCAUUUCCAUCAUCAACUCGAGUGAAAGUGGGAGCAGGGUCAUUGACAACCUACAGCCCUGGACUAAAGUCAGCAUCCUACUGGUGGUGUGUAACUCGAAAGGGUGCGGUCAAAGUUCAGAGGUUACUGGGUACAGUCUUGAAGGUCAGCCGGAGGGGGCUAUUGUAUUGAGAGUAGAAGAGAUUGAUGUUGCUACUGCUGCUGCUACUGUCGCAGCUACGACCACAAGUAGCUACAGUAGUAACGGCAACAAUACGGUUGUUAAUGCGCUGUUGGUGAAGUUGGUUACGAAAAUGUUGAGAGUUCGGUGGUCGCCAGCCAGUAAGCCCAACUCCCUACUCACCUAUUCCGUCUAUUUCACCGGAACUUUCCAUGACUUUACUGGAGUCAACAGUCCGAAAGAUUUCAAAUUUAAAACCGUCUCCACGACUCGUUUGACCUUCACGACGAAUUCGACCUUGACGUCCGGUUCUUGGAUUUCUAUUGGUGGAUUCCUGGCCAAUCAGCUGUAUCGUGGCUACGUGAAUGCAACCAAUAGCGUUGGAUACCUACUCAGUGACGUCGUUACGGUCAACACGUCAUCUGCCGAACCAGAUGGCGUCCUUCCACCCCUGCUGACCUCCCCCUCUUCGUCCGCCAUAUUGGCCACAUGGUCAGGCCCACUCAUCCCUAAUUCAAACGAGAUCUCGCUCUACCAGCUGCAGUUCAGAGUGGCCGGAGCGCCAGACAGUUCGGUUGUCAGUAUAUUUCCGACGACAACGCUCGCGACCUCCUACAUGAAAUCUGACCUUCGACCUUUUACUUCCUACUCCUUCCGAUUGGUUGCUAUAAAUAUACACGGCUCGGGCUUCUCUGAUUGGUCGGAUCUGACGACGCGGCAAGACGUCCCAACUGGAUUUGACGCCCCAGUAGUCUUGGGUGUGACCUCGAGGUCGUUGACCCUUGCCUGGCAUCCGCCCCUGGCUACAAAUGGCAUCAUUUUGAACUAUGACCUCUACAUAAAUGAUACCAAAUAUGGAGAGGCUACCGGAAACGUGACGUCAUACAACUUUGUCGACCUCAGCCCGUACACGGCCUUGAACCUGUCCAUGAGGGCGUGUACAAUUGCCGGCUGCACUGAGAAGAGGUACCAAACGAAGCUGGCCACAACUUUGCCAGACGAUAAUGUGGCCAUCGAUAGCAUGACGUCACCGUCACCUACUUCCGUUUUGCUGACGUGGAAAGCCCCCAGUAGACCUAACGGGGUUAUAAUGCGCUAUGAGCUGUGGAGAAAGAGCAACAAUAAUACAUCAACGUCAUCAUCAUCGUCGUCGUCAUCGUCAUCACAACCGACAAACGAAACCGAAACCGAAACUCUCAUAAAAACAAUUCUGCCCACCGAAUCAACGGUCGAAAGUGGGAAUGGGAAUUCCCGGACUUUCGUCUACCUGGAUGAGUCAUCCGGAUUACUUCCAUACACGGUGUAUCGGUAUAAACUCGUCGUUGUCAACCAUUUCUCUCUGGCCGCCAGCGAUUGGCUUUUCAUACGAACUAUGUCGGCCAGACCAUCCGGUCUAGCCGCCCCCUACGUAGUGGCCGAGAAUUCCACUUCCGUUCGAGUCACGUGGUCUGAGCCAAAGACACCAAACGGUCAAUUGCAACGUUACGUCAUUUCCGCCGACGCCCUUUUGAAGGUGGAGGUCAACAAUUUGACGCUGAGGUCCUUGACGAUCGGUGGCUUGAAGCCGUACACCGUAUACAACGUCACCGUCACCGCCUGUACCGAUGGCGGAUGCACCGAGAGUUUACCCUUUUCCUGUACAACCAAGCCAGCCAAUCCGGAAGGACUUAACCCGCCAUUGGCCAGACCCAUUUCACAAAACUACAUAUCGAUCUAUUGGGGACCGCCCACCAAUCAAAACGGACCAAUAGGAAGAUUCGAACUGCUUAGGAUGACUUUGGAUCAACCGCUGAUUGACAACCCCAUUGCCCUAGGGUUCUGGUUCAGCAUGUACACAGGUGACCUUUUGACCUUCGACGACCUCUACAACGUCACCCCCUACUCUACUUACAUUUACAAACUGACCUACUUUAACGGCUUCGGAUUGGUCAGUAGCUUAAAUUCCACAAACGUUACGUCAUACGGGGGCCUGCCGAGGUCACGACCUUUGAUAACCGUGACGUCAUUGGGGUACUCGAAGGUCAAGGUCGGUUGGGUUCUACCGGAUGUAAGGGGCUUGCAAGGAAGGGCUGAAAACAUAUCUAUAAGAGUUUAUAAACUUGACGAUGACAGUAAUGGCAUUGUUAAUUCUACAAAAUAUGACGUCACCACUCCUACUACCACUUCUACUGUUGCUGGUAUCGUUAUUUCUCCUGCUACUACUACCGCUAGGCCGUCUUAUCUGCAACCUCCGACAACAACACCAUCGACUACAACAACAUCAGCGAAGUUAUUUUUGUCGCCACCGUCACCAAAAACGCCAUCAUUGCCACCACCAUCACCACCAAUUCCAAUUCGCGUGGUUAACGUGAGUCUCGCCACCAGCGGCAACCACACCACAAACAAUAACAACCCGACCUACAUAAUCGUCGACGACCUUGACCCCUUGACCCAAUAUUCGGUCGCCUUGACUACCGUAACGUACGGGGGUUACAAUGUUGAAAGUGACACUGUCGAAUUCACAACCGGAAGUGGAGAGGUUGAGGCGGUGACGAAAGAAGGACAGCCCGACCCAAUUAGCCAGCCAAUCAUAGCCAAUCUGACGCCGACCUCAUUAACAUUUAAAUGGCAUCGACCUAGUAAACCGAACGGCAUCAUAACUAAAUACGUCAUUCGUAUGACGUCACCGGAGAAUAGGGUUGUGCUGGAUACGUCGCCAAAGUCGCCAUCAAUAAUUUUCUCACCAGUAGAUGGUUCUUUUUUCUAUGCAUUGAAAGGCCUCAAACCGUACACCAAAUAUUCCUUCACCAUGGAGGCCUGCACUGUGAUUGGCUGCACGGCCAGUGACGUCAUUGAUGUCGUCACACUCGAGGACAUACCGCAGGACAUAAGACCGCCAUUGGUCUUUGUAGGAAAGAGCGCGAACAUGACGGAAGUCACGUGGUCUCCGCCCGCCAUUUUGAACGGCAUUUUAACGGAGAUGGGCGUCGAAAGAUCCGAAUCCGGACUUCCAUUUUUAAACGUCGCCACUUACCGUCCAGACGAGAUGCCAGUUUUUAAAGACCCCAUCAAACCGGAAAAGCAUUAUCGAUAUAUGAUCUUUUAUUCUACUUCCGCCGGAAGAGGUUACUCGCCAUCGUUUGAGAUCUUUGUCCCGACUGCUGUACCGACUUUCAUACCGGAAGUUACUAACGCCACGGUUCUCAACGAGUCUUCCGUUUUUCUAUCCUGGUCUGAUGCUGAUGAUGAUGGCAACUCGAGUAACAAUGCGGGCUUCAGUUUAACUUAUAACUUAAUAAUAAUAAACUCUCUCCAGAAUACUGUUUACGUGACGAAAAUCUUCGUGCCUCAACAGCAAACAUCACCAUCACAAUCAUCUUCUUCAUCUUCAUCACCAUCAUCAUCAUCAUCAUCAUUGCCAUCAUCGACCAUUGUUACCGGUCUGCAGCCGUACACAGACUACCAGAUUCGAAUGCAGUCCUGUCUGACGAAUGUCUCCAGGCCAUCGUGCGGUACUGGCUCGGCAAAAAGAAUCACAACCCUCCCCUCCCCACCCGAACAACAACCUCCGCCCUCCCUAACCCCUGUCAGUCCAACUUGCGUCUUGGUGACAUGGUCGUCACCCUUGAAGCCAAACGGGGUUAUUUUGUAUUAUUUGGUGAAAAGAAGAUUAGUGAUGAGCGGUGCUUUGGAUGGGGAUGUGCCAUCGCAGACCACCGACCGGAUGGUGAUACCGACAUUACCGACAAGACCGAUGAAUGCGACUUCCGCUUUCACGACUGCCAGUCCGACGUUGCAGCUGCAGAGUAACGAGCUUCUGAUCGCUAAAAUGAAUUCAACGACCAUGCAGUUUUACGACCAGACACCCGAUGUCUUGCCCUUUACGUACUACAGCUACCGAGUGAUCUGCGUGACGAGGACCGGCGAAACAGCCAGCCCUUACAGCUCGGUUUUAACCCUAGAAUCAAAACCGCAAAUACUCGAUCGACCACAAGUGCUGCGUGUCACAUCCACCUCUGCAUCGUUGUGCUGGACACCUGCCGUUAGGCCGAACGGACUGAUUUUAAAAUAUUAUUUGGAAUGCCGGUUCAUGCAAACUGUUGACGUCCAAAACAAUGCGAGUAGCAGCGGUGUCGGUACGUUUAACGAUUCUUCAACCGAUUUUACCGUUUUAGUCGAUGUUGCUAGCACAUCCCUGUGUGCCAAUGUCAGUUCUCUCCGACCAUAUAGUCGAUACAAAUUCAGAGUUUCGGCCGUCAACAGUGCCGGCUCGAUAUGGAGCGAAUAUACGACUGAAUACGAAACUGAGCAAUCGACUCCUUCAGGAAUCGAACCUCCAUCCUUCGAAUCGAUUGUCGGUGGAAAGUCGGUGAUUGUCAGCUGGUUGAAGCCGAAAAGUCCGAAUGGUGUUAUCGCUUACUAUAAAAUUGAACUGAAAAAUUAUAUUGACGAUGCAAUGUCAUCACCAGCAUCAUCACCAUCAUCACCAUCAUCAUCAUCACCAGCAUCAUUACCACCAUCAUCAGUUACAAACGUUGUAUACCAAGGUUUAUAUCAGCACUUCGAGGUUCAGAGUCUGCAACCGUACACGAGGUACGCCAUGCGUUUGUACGCUUGCACUGUUUCCGGUUGCACCAGAUCCCGUUGGUUCCAAUUUCGGUCGGCUGCCGCUAAGCCGGAAAUCCCCCCGUCUAUUUAUAAGAUGCCCCUGUCUAAUUCGAGUUUCGUUUCGGUUUCUUGGGAAAUUCCAAAAAACACGAACGGCCCUAUAAAUAGAAUUGAUGUUUUGCGCAGCAGAAUCCCAAUCUCCAAUGAAAACGCUACUAAGACUUAUAAUAAUAAUAAUAAUAAUAAUAACACUUAUAAUAAUAAUAAUAACGGCAAUUUGAGAAAGAAGAGAUCAGCCGAUAGCAAUAUGACGAAUGAAGAUUUCCAUGUUGUACACUCGGAGAAGGUGGGCGAUGGAGUUGUGCUGCAGUUGUACACGUACGCGGACGCCGACGUACAGCCUUACCACAGAUACACUUACAUUAUGCAAAUAUCCAACGAGGCUGGCACGAUCAGUAGCACCCCAGUUGCAGCCACCACUCCUCAAGCUCCGCCCACAUUUGUUGCUCCUCCCACUAUUCAAACCAUCCAAUCACAGUACGACAAACUAUUGAUCACCUGGCAAGAUCCAGCCGAGCCGAACGGACGAAUCACAGGCUACCAACUGAAACGGGCCAAUCAGAUCGCUCCCUGGUCCAUCCAAUCAAAUUCAAAUAAAAGUUUCAUCGACAUGCAGCUGAAACCAAGUACCUUAUACAAAUAUGCAGUUGCCGUCUGCAGCGAGCCUGGAUGUACCUGGAGUAAUUGGACUGAAAUUCGUACACUCGAUAUUGCUCCGAUAUUCGUUCCGAUUCCUACAGUUACGGUUGUUAGUUCGACCGAACUCCUAGCCAAUUGGAGUCAAGCUUCUUUGAUGAUGUCAUCUGUUACUAAUAAUAGCCCAAUUGGUAGUGAUGACUUCAACAACGUUGGCGUUGGAAAAAUUGUGAAGUACGAAGUUAGAGUAAACGACAGUACAAUUUACUCCGGACUGAACACUGAAUUCCUAAUUUCCGGACUCAAUCCGUACGCUACAUACGCGGUGUCACUAAUCGCCUGUACGGCUGGGGGCUGCUCUGAGAGCGCCAACAAUAUGGCUACUACAGAUCAGGCUCCUCCGGAAGCCAUGAUGCCACCGGAUGUUGUGACGUCAUCAUCUACUUCCGCUAGAAUCACGUGGUCGGAACCUCAGAAGAAGAAUGGAAUCAUAACGUCGUUUGAGGUUAAGAGGAAUGGAUCUUUGGUAUAUUUAUUAUCGCUGCAGUCGCGACCACAACAGCCACAACAAACGUGGAGUUAUAUAGACUCAGACUUGAAAGCAGCAACGACAUACACAUACGUCAUCCUGGCCUACAACAUCAAAGGGUACGCCACAAGUCCAACCACCACAAUCGCCACACCGCCAUCUUCGCCCGUCGGUGUGUUGCCUCCUAUUCUACAGGCCAAGUCGGCCUUUUCAAUUCUGGCAACAUGGUCGGAGCCCCUGGUCGCGAAUGGAAACAUCAUCAAUUACGGACUGUACAUGAAAGAAGUUUUGACAUCAUCAUCACCGUCAAGCAUGUCGUCAUCAACUUCACCGUCGUCACCUCGCAAAGUUUUCACCGGCUUAUCAACAACCUUCCUAAUCGAAAACUUACAACCGUACACACUGUAUUCAGUAUCUUUAGAAGCCUGCACGCUGAUUGGCUGUGCGACCAGUGACGUCACUACGAUUAGAACGAAUCCCGCGGCACCUGAAAUUCUUUCGCCGCCAUCCUUAACGUCAUUCUACAACGGAUUGAAUUCUAAACCGGAAGUGGGGGUGAAUGCGGUUUGGAGCAAUCCUGCUAGAGUGAAUGGCGUCAUCAUUCAGUACAUGCUCUACAGAAGAUUGUUCGCUGAGAAUUAUGACGAUAGCACUGGAAAACUCCUGAUCGCCGAUUCGCCCCUAAACUUUCGUGACCUCGAUGUUGACCUUCGACCUUUCACGCAUUACCAGUACAGGGUUGUGGCUGUCAAUGAAGUGGGUCAGGUGAGUAGCACCUGGGCCGAUGUCGUCAGCGUUGAGGGGGCUCCAACCGGAUUGGUCGGGCCGAUCGUUAAAUCAGUCGGAUCGAGAAAUCUGACGAUCAAGCAGAGCCCUCCGGACCAGCAAAAUGGGGUCAUCAGGAAUUACACUGCCUAUCUCAAUGGAACCCCGACGGCGUCUUCCAUCCAAUCAGAAUUCUCCGUCUACAAUUUGAAUCCAGGAACCAAUUACGACGUCCACAUUCUGCUCUGCAAUUGGAUGACUUGUGUAGCCACGCCCACCAUUUCCGUGACCACUCUAACCGAGGUACCGCGUAAUCUGGGAAGAUUCAGAAUUUUCAAUGUGACGUCAUCGACGCUCGAUUGUGAUUGGCUGGGGCCUGAGAUCAACAAUCAAGGAAACUUGAGCUACCAGUUAACAUAUCGGCCCGUCUGUCCUCAACCUUAUUCAAACGACAUCAACAGCCGACCAAUCAACUUUUCUUGUCAAGAAAGCUCUCCUCUCAUUGGCUACCAGGGAGAUAAUUUAUUCACAAGACUGACCAAUCUGCAGCCUUAUACGAAAUAUGAAAUCAGGCUUAAAUGCAUGAAUGACGCUGGUUGGUCGGAUGAGUCAGCUGUUUUUGUGGCCAUCACCGAAGUGGAUUUCCCGCGUUAUCUGUUCAGUCACCCGCCUACCAUUCGUCUAAUGAAAAACACCCUGAACGUUGAUUGGUCGGAGAGCUUCCAGCCCAACGCACCAAUCAAAUCGUUCGUACUCUUCAAAAAUGACCUAAUGGAAUAUUCCGGAACGUCCUUGACCUACGUCGAUCAGCUGGUGGAUAAAAAUAGAACCAAUGUAUACAGGGUAACUAUGGUGACCCAGAAAGGAAGUGUGUCAUCACCUGACCUAAUUUUCAACCCCUACGUCCCUGAUAUUAUUGCUGUCAACAAAACAGCCGACCUGAGCGUGACCUCGAGGCCUCAGAACGUCGCCAGCUUAACACCCGUCUACCAGGAAACAUGGUUCCUAGUACUGAUGAUCAUCCUCUCAGUACUCCUAAUCGUCAUGAUCAUCAUAAUCUGCCUAAUCAUCUGCCGAAGGCCUAAGUACGGCAGGCAAAUCGAUUACACGAAAGACGGCCAGCUAAAAGUGAACAAGGAUAACAAACGGAGAUGGAUCAAGACUUCCGGUUUUAAUAAGAGGGGCUCUACGACGGAGAGUACCAAUAGCUUAGUGUACAAGGUGCCUCUUGAUGGUGACACUUCCGGUUUCAGCCCCAACUACAGUCCGGUAACUUAUCGCAACAACAUCUACACUGGAGACGUAGAAAAUAAUAAUAAUAAUAAUACAAAUAAUAAUAAUAACAAUAAUUUUGAUGAUGACGACGAUGAUGAUGAUGAUGGUGGUGGGGAGGAAGGUUAUGAUAAUGAUGAGAAUAAGGUCUACCGCAUGUCGCCUGACUGCAAUCAGUGGAAAGUUCUGGAAGACCUCGGCUACAACCGACCAGCGUCGCCAUCUUCGCAAUAUGGCGACGAUGAUGACGUCAACAAGAAUAAUAACAAUAAUAAUAAUAAUAAUAACUAUAAUAAAAAUUUUUAUUAUAACCAAAUACAACAACGCCGCAAUAAUAAUAACAACAACAAUAAUAAUAAUAAUAACAAUAAUAAUAAUAAUAACAAUAAUAAUAAUGAAUUCAUUCGCUGUACCGACGGCUACAAACAUCAUCAACGUCAAGUUGAGGACAAUUGCGUCAGUCUGGCCGACGUCUUGCCGGAAAAUGAUUCUAGAAACAACUUCCGGGGUGAUGAUCGUGACGUCAUCAUCGUCGAUGGUGAUGAUGACGUUGAUUAUGGAGUUUGGAAUAAAGAAGUGGUUAACGAGGAUGAAGAUGAGGAAGACGAUGAUGAUGACGUUUUUAAUGAUGACGGUGAUGAUGGUGGUUAUAUUUCUAUGAGGAGGAAUAAGCUCCCGUUAAAUAUGUUAUCACAAAACAAACAGAAGAAGAGAAUAAGCAAUCCUCAAUCAUUUUUUCCAGAUUCUAAAGUUUGA